AUGGCGACUUCAACGGGGCUCGCCUCUGCCUUGUCAUACCAAAAUUGGCCUGCCAGCAUCUAUAUCCUCCUCCUGUCCGUCCUCGCCGUCUUCAUCAAGAUACAAUGGCAGCCAUCCUUCCCCAAGACUGCCCCGAAGCAGAUCAAGGAGGGCUAUCCCCUCCUCGGAGCCCUUCGACUCUUCACCAGCAGGGCCGACUUCUUUAAGGAAGCCCUCAAUCAUUCCAACUCGGGGAAUUUCAGCUUCUACUUCGGCAAGCAUAGGCUGGUCGGGAUGUCGGGAGCCGAGGGACGGAAGACUUUCUUCGAUUCCAAGGACUUGAACAUGUCGGAGGGCAAGCUUGGUACUGACGAGGAGCCCACCGGCUGGAACAGAUAUGCCGUGAUGUUCACAGCGUCGCCCCAGGUCGGAAAACAGAACGAACCUGGUUCGGCCAGUCAAUUCAGCCAGUGGUUCAGCCGGACAAUCACGAAGCUGAUGAAGAAGGAGAACUUCGUGCGGAACCUCAGGCUGCUCACCACCGACACUGCGACGGCCCUCGAUGCCAUUGUCAAGAACAACGGCGGCCAGAAGACGGGCAUUUUCGACCCCUUCGACGACAUCUACCACAUCGUGUACCAGCUGACCAUGCGCACCGUCGGCGCCACCGAGAUCGCCGACUCCCCGCAGCUGCUUGCUAGGACGUUGGGCCUCUUCGAGGAGGUCGAGCGGAACACGAGCACCACGCGCAUCAUCUUCCCCUGGCUGCCGACCCUCGGCUACAUCAGGCAGACGAUCGCGGGCGGGAAGCUGUAUGUCAUCUUUGACAAGAUCGCCAAGGAGAGGAAGAAGACGGGCAAGACGCACGAGGACGCCUUCCAGUUCCUCAUGGACACGGGCGAGGAUAUCGUGCGGAUCCUGACUUUCACCCUCGGCGCCCUCUUCGCCGGGCAGAUCAACUCGGGCAUCAACGCCGGCUGGCUCCUCUGCUACCUAGCCACCCACCCGGAGUGGUACGCCCGCAUCCAGGGCGAGGUGGACGCGGCGCUGGCCAGGCACCGCACGUCCCCCUCGCAGACGCCCGCCGAGGUGCUCGCGACGCUGAGCCUCGACGACUGGGAGGCCGAGUUCCCGCUCAUCGACCUGGCGCUGCGCGAGACGAUCCGCUUCCAGCUGGUGGGCACGGCCUUCCGCAAGAACAUCUCGGGCCGCGACGUCGCCAUCGGCGGCUCGGGCGAGGUCGUGCCCCGCGACGGCUUCGCGCUGUACCUGCUCGACGACGUCCACUUCGACCCGGAGGUCUACACGGACCCCAACGAGUGGGACCCGGGCCGCUUCCUGCCCGAGCGCGCAGAGGACAAGAAGGUGCCCUUCGGGUACCUCGGCUGGGGCGUCGGGAGGCACCCGUGCCUGGGCAUGCGCUUCGCCAAGCUCGAGAUGAGCAUCAUUGGCGCUCUCUUCGUGGCCAUGUUCGACUUCCAGCUGUACGACGACAAGGGCACCAGGCUGAGCCGGGCGCCGUUCACGAGCCGGAACCGGCACUCUGCUCACAAGCCCGACAAGCAGAUGAGGUUGAAGUAUACCGUGCGGCAGCACUGA